GCCGGACGCGGACUGGAAGUCGCAAUAGCCGGAGCUGGAGUCACCUCACCGCCGUGUUUUCAACCGUGUUCAACACCUGCGGAGGGAUGGCAGCGUGCACGGCCGAGCGAGGUGAAAUAAUUCGACGUAGUAGCUUCCGUUCCCCGAUGUCCGAGUCGUUUUUCUACGCAUAAGCCGCCAUUUUGUUAAAUCGUGUACAAAUGUCAUUUCGGUUCCCAAGCGUGGCGGUAAUCCGUGUUUUCCCGCCGCCCCCUCAGCUCGCAGGGAGCAGUGGGGAAAACAAACAGGUCGAACGGAGGGAGAUUGGUAGCCGGUUGGAUGUGGAGGUUGUUUAGCGGCGAAUGAAUCGUCUUCAUGUUGUGGGCUCUUGCAGGGUGCUAAUUUGUAGUUCCCCUUCAGUUUUCGGUGCUUUUGAGUGUGGUGCAUUUGGGACGCUGUUUGGAGUUGUCGCCUUCCGAGUAUGUUGCCGCUUUCUAACAUUUUAUCAGGGCUGUUGGAGCGCGUAGUCUACCCGCUGCGGUUUUGUAUUUUUCUCGACGUUGUUUACUGGUUAUAAUUCGACGUUUAAUGUUUUAAAUCCACCGGUUCGCCGAGUCUGCAUUCAGUGAGACACUUUUAGACAUGCAUACGAGGCGUUUGGUAAAGCGGUCCAUCCUCGGCAGCCGCGUUUAUGCGCCGAGUCCGACGGGGGACGGUGCCCCGGUGACAGGAGUGGUCCAGGCUGUCAAGCAGGAAAACAGAGACGUCUCGGCCGCAGGAGCUCGGCGCAGCGUCUACACCGUCCUCCUGCAAGACGGGAGCCUCAAGGAGUUCUCCGAGGAGGAGAUAGCCGCGGGGUUCAACCAGACUGCGGCCAAAGUACCGCUCAAGUCCAGCUUGAAGCAGAGCUCCAGUAACGGAUCUUCAGAAAGCCAGAAGGUAGAAGGCAGCUCCCUCAGCCCAGAAGCGGUGGAGGAGCAGCGGGCGGUGGACGGCAAGCGGGUUGGCCGGGACCCUGACACCCGAUCAGUGUCCCUGCUAGAGCAGAAACGCAAAGUGGUCUCCUCCAGCAUCGAUGUCCCUCAUGCCAGGCGGUCGGAGGAGGAAGUGGACAUGGACAAGGUGACGGCUGCCAUGGUGCUGACGAGUCUCUCCACCAGCCCGCUGGUCAGGAGUCCACCUGUAAAAGUCAACGAAGGUCUGAGCGGUUCCUGGAAGGACAACGGCUUAACUGGCCCCUUCACCCCAUCCAGCAACAGCUCUUCAGGGGGUUACUGGAGCUGGUCUGCCCCCAGUGACCAGUCCAACCCUUCUACACCUUCUCCACCGCUCUCCGCCGACAGCUUCAAGCCCUUCCGUGUGCCCAGUCUGGGCGGCGUGGGACCCGGGCCUGCAGGGCCUGAGGACCCGAGCUUAGACGAGCAGGACGGCAGCAGCCUUCUCUUCGAUGAGCCCAUCCCUCGCAAGCGCAAGAACUCCAUGAAGGUGAUGUUCAAGUGCCUGUGGAAGAACUGUGGCAAGGUGCUGAGUACCGCUGCCGGCAUCCAGAGACACAUCCGCACCAUCCACCUGGGGCGUAACUGUGACUCGGACUGCAGUGAUGGUGAGGAGGACUUCUAUUACACGGAGAUCAAGCUCAACACGGACUCAGUUGCCGAUGGGCUGAGCAGCCUGUCCCCAGUGUCCCCGUCCGUCCUUUCUCCCCCUCCUCCUCCCCCCUCUCCUCUCUCUUCUCUCAGCCAGCUGCCGGACUCCCACGGACCUCCGCAGUCCUCUGACACCAAGGAGCCUCAUGCUGGCGGCACCACUCCGCUCAGCCGCUCUGCGCCCAGCGCACUCUACCUCGUCCACACGGACCACGCCUACCAGGCUACAGCUCCAGUGUCCAUCCCGUCUAGCAGCAGUAACUCGGCCACCUUGGCCUCCACAAGCUUCACUCCCACCAAUAGCUCCAGCUUUAGCAUCUCCUGGCAGUCACCGCCCGUCACUUUCACUGGGAACACGGUGUCUCCCAGCAAAAGCCAGGGCUUCGGUGAACAACGCUCACAAACCAUCGCUGUCCUCUCGUCCCCUCCCAGAGCCACCACUGCCCUCAGUCGGAAAGUUCGUGGUGAAGGGAAGAAGUGCCGUAAGGUGUACGGGAUGGAGAACCGCGACAUGUGGUGCACGGCCUGCCGCUGGAAAAAGGCCUGCCAGAGAUUUACCGACUGAGCGUUCUCCGCCGACAUCACGGCGCUCCACGCCAACAGGCACUGCUGCCUUUAGCCAGAGAAAGGGGAGAGGGGCAUCAUUUUGCAUGCAUUUGGUUUUCUUCAGCUCAAAAUUGCAACUGUCCGUCAAGCUCCGCCCCUGUUGUUGCCCCGCCCCCCUGAGCUCCACUGAACCACUCUAGCUGUUGAAGGAACCAAAGGACAGCGGAGUAACCUUUUAGAUUGCCGUCCAGGAUUCCCAGUACUGCCUCUCCAUUCCCAUCAUUCCCAGUUUUGGGAAACACCAGUGCAGCUAAACAGCGUAAAGAAAAAGAUCUAAAGAUUCCUCCUGUUUUUUAUGUUGGGUUCAGUGUUGCAUCUUUCUAUGUUUUGUAAAGCUCUGGUUUUUAAACGGAAAGUCAAGUCAAAGAAGGGGUCCAGAAAAAAAGCCUAAAGCUUUUUUUGACAGUUUUUGUUAAAAGAAAAAAAACUUUUUUAUCCAAAAGAAGAAUGGGCCUCUUUGCUACAGUUUUCGAAGAACAUUAUGAAAAAGCAUGGAGGUAAAGCUUGCAGUUUUUGUUCUUCCUUCAACUUGUUCAUCUCGUUUUAUUUCUGGACUUUUUUGAGGUGAUCUGCUAUCACCAACAUCACAGCCUCUCCCAGUUCCUCACCUGCUCUUCACUCCUGACAGCCCCAUGGGAAUAUAUGGCAGAGCCGGGAAGAGCAGGUUGAUAUGUACAAAGAACGGGAGGAAUAGAGACACACAAGGUGAAUGAUCAAUGCAAAAAAGAAUUUACAGUCAGGGAAAGCAGAUUGGCCGUCUCAUUACACAUAAAAACCGCAGCAGCAUUUACACACACACACAAACAAACACACAAUCAAAGCAGACAGGAAGUGUUUUCCAUGUCACUUUUUUAUCCAGUUGAUUCAUUUUCUUUGUUUUAUCAGGGAUGUGAUUCUAAAGAAAGCAAAAACCAGCAGCUAAACCAUGGGGUUAUACUGUAUACAGCACUAUCUCAAUAGCUUCUCUCUUUCAUUAUACAUGACAACUUUACAACCAAAAACUUUUUUUAUCUUUUUCUUUAUGUUUUUGGUUUUUGUUAAGGUGCCAUGUUUACUGUUGUUGAUGUAUUUUUUUUGUUUGUUUGUUUGUUUUUGCGAAACCAAGACUGUUUAAUGGAAGUGUAAUGCAUUCACUUGAGGGGGAUAUUUUUUUUUUUCUGAUUUAAUGAGAUUAUGUCAGAAUUCUGAGAAUUUUUUUCAUGGAGAAACAAAUGAUGCUGAUUAGCAGCAGCAACCAUACUCCAUGCAGGUGAGAGCUUCUUGUAGGAUUUUGAAGUAACUAGUUAAUUCAGAAAAAAAGAGCAGAGUUUAUUUUUUCAUGCAAACGUUUCUUGGAAGAUGAGAUAAUAAUCUCAUUAAUUCAGGAAAAACAGGGCAAACUUUUUUUUUUCCUCAAGUGAACACGUUAAGCUUCCGUACUGUUUACCUUCUACCUGCUAAAGAAAGUGUGUUUAAAAGACCUUCCUUACAGCACUGGAAGCAUGAAGUCAGCAGCGUGCAAGGCCAUAAAAAGAUAAAUGUAACAUCUUUCACCACAUACAGAGAGACAAAUUGCCCUCCUUCUCAACAAGCUUUUACAUCUUCCCAAAGGGAACAAAAUAUAUUUGUGUUUAAUUACGUGACCCGCAUCUUGGUGAUAUGUUAACCAAAGGGGGAGGGCUUAAAACCAAAAGUGAGGCACUUGCACUGCAUGUGUGUAUUAAAGCACUUGGUACAUUUGUGGUUACGUCUAGAAAAUUGAAAAUGUUUCUAUGUUCCACUAGACCUUUUAAUUUCCAAAUGUUAUAAAAAAAAAAAUCUUAAUAGUUGACCAGGUGUGGACACUUCCCCCUUUUUUGAACCAUUAUUUGCUCUAAGAGUUUUGGAGAAGGGUAUAAGGUAUAAGCACUUGAUUAGAUCACUACUUUGUUGUUUAAUCCGCACUGGACUCUUCAGUCACUUGGCAAUAUGUAAGCAAAGCUUUGGCUCAAGCUUUCGUAAGAGGGAUCGGCAAGUAACCUUGUAACUGACAAGGUAUGGAGAGUGUGAUUGGUAAAAAUAAUGCGGUUAUCUGAUUUGUCAUUUGAAUGUGUUCAUUUGAAUUCCAGCCUCCUUGUUGGUCUCAAAGGCAGGAAACAAAUCACAUGGCCAAAUAGUUUACAGAUGUUCACUUUGUAGUGGUAAACUAACCAACUCUUUUGUCACCUGGGGCUGCGUCCUACUUUAUUACAAUGUACUGAAAUUUAUAGAAACGUCCAGAGUUUAAGUUGAGACAAAUGUUUCUGCCAACAGGCACAUUGUGAUUCUGCAUUUACUCUGCAUUCUAGGAAAUUUGUUUAAAUGCACGCUGAAAUUUUUAUUGUCGUUUCGGUCACACGCACAGGAUCAUUUAACACCAGAAUUAUUCAAAACCAACACCAGCUAAUAAACUCACAAGCUCGCUCAUUUAACAGUACUUGCGCACCUGAAAAUCGUAGCUAUGUUUUGUUUGCUAAACUGUUUCUAUUAUGUCUAUUAUUUUUCUUUGUCUGUUCAUGUAUAUAUGUGUAGUUCUUGUAUUUUCUCAAAGCUCCAUGUUUAUGGCCAGUUGCCUUGGUCAUUACAUCCGCCACCUUACGAACAAGACAGGUUCAAGUAUAGCAUUUCAUAAUGUACCGUUCAACCUGUCGGGCUACUGUUGUUUUGAAUAUAGAGAUAGCCUUAAAGUCACUCUUUUGAAAAAAUCAUUGUGCUUCUUCUAUGUCAUUACAUUGAUGUUUCAGUAAGAAAUAUUUAGAUUAUCUCAAAACUGAUUCGCCAUUGUAUUAUGUGAACGUAUUAUUGUUUAAGAAAAGACAAAUCUAUAUAUACGUAAAGAAAAAACUUGUUGGAAUUUAGGUUCAAAGCAAACCAGAUAUUGAUUUGGCUGGGGUUUUUUUCUUUUUUCAUAUGAAUAUAAAUACUGUGUAUGAAUUUUGUUUUCAUGUUCUGCUGAAGGAAAUGUUUGUUGCUAUUGUAACUGUAGGAGGGAGCCCGGGAAUAAUUCUUACCACAAGCCAAGCUUGUUAUGCUCUUUUCAGUGAGGUGUGACCCACACGCUCCCGCCUGGAGCUCCUUCACGCCACGCUCCCUGCUGCUAAGCACGUCGAAAACCACAGUUGAUUAAAAUCUUUAUCUUAUUUCCAAUUCUCCUGGUGUGACGUAGCCCCACUAGCAAUUAGUUUGAUUGACAUCUUGGUGCGUUUGCGCUCAUGUGAGCGGUCACAUGGUCCCGUGUGUGAAUGUGAAGGAGCCCCAGGCAAAGUAUGCGGGUUGCCGCUGAAGCGCGGUGCUCUGCGAUGUCCCCCCCCUAUCCCUGAAGCAUCACUCUCACUCCCCCCAAGUUACACAGCUUUUAUCUAAUGUCCUGUGGCAUAUCCCUGUCAGAGUGUGUGCAGGUCGAGUCCACUGCCAGGCUCCUGACAAACACACUUUGGCAAUUUUCCAUCGUUGCGGUGCUUCAUGUGUGUGUUCGGACCGUCUCCUCUAUUGAUAUGGAAAAAUCUAGCAACCAAUCAGAUUCUGUCCACGAACAAGUCCCUACAGUAGUUCAGACAAUUCAGAGGUCUUGGCAAGACUGGAUAUUUAAAUGGCAGCAUCUGCAGGCAGCUAAUUUUAAAAGAAGCUCUCUCUUGAUGCUGAUUCUAGGUCAGUGUCGCGUCGAUCAAAUGGCUAGUAAUGUAAUUUGGCCAAAAUAAGCUAAUCUCACACCCUUGUUUAGGGUGAAUCCAAAUGAUGAUUUUUGCUGCCAUAUUUCUCAAACCUGUCCAUCUCCUCGUAGAUCAGUGAGGAACUCAGGGGAUUUGUUUGUGGACUGUGGCCUGGCCGGCAUCGUUGUACUGAGAACCAUUCACUGCCAGCAGCACAGAGACGGCCUUAGCAUGAAGGGGCUUUCACAGACACUCAGCCCAGGUCCGUCUUCGCAUACUAUACAUACUGGUGCUGUGGUCUCGGCGGGGCAGAAAUGGAGGUGCUAUAUUCCCAUGCAGUGCUGUUUCUCCCAUGUGAUCAUAUUAACUCCAUUUUGUACACAAUGUUAUGCUGUAGAACAUGAAAAUAAAAACACCCUGCCUCAAGUCUAACAAGUGUCCAGCCACAAAUUAGCUGAAGCCUCUGUUCUCUCUCCUGCUUCCUCGUCAGUUUUGACUUUGGCUUUGUUUUGGUGACUUGUGCUCAUUACUGUCUCCCCAUUUGUCGAGUUGAGCCCUGUAGGUAAAAGCAAAAUGGAUGAAAUUCACUGAAUAUGAAAUUAGUGCAUUUUUUAUUAUAUUUCUACAAACAUAAGAAUUUUUUAUGUGCGACCAGAGGAGUGCUUUCAUUAAACCCCAAACAACAAAAUUUGUAAAAACUCAAACUUACUGUUUAUUCUUGAGCUUAAAAGCAGUGGUUGACUGAACUAUUUCAGCUCGAGGUCCAUUUACUCACUUGUACUGGGGUCUUCAUCAAUAGAUUGUUAUAUCAGUUGUCAUGGAACUUAGAUAUUUCAUUCAUUUCAUUACAACUGAGCAAACCCAAUCUGCUGAUGAAGACCAUGUCAUGAGCUUAAAAACUCCAGAAGGAGUGAGUAAAAGAGCCCUUGGUUGAGAUUGUUUUGUCAGGUAACAUCCGUUUCUUUUUCUAUAUUCCACAUUAAACAUGACAAACUAGCUUUUAAGCUUGACACAAAGUCACCUAUAGUUGCAUUCAUACCCAAAAUGAUGCAAAAAUGAAACAAAUUGUCGUUUUGACCGACAGCACAGACUCUUAGCAGUCUAGAACUUUAAAUUUGCACCUAAUGGAUAAACAUGUAGAGAUGUUAGGGAUAUUGGAUAAUUUGAUUCCUUUUGGACAAAACUGGCAGGCAAAGAAGGGAUCAAGCCUCAUAUUUGUACUCCCAAAUUGCCACCCUAAUCAUGCCAAACAUGCCAUAUGGCAUCAUCCUCCUGAUGCGAUCAUCUAACUUAUUCAUAUUAGAGCAGAAGUGAGCGCUCAGCCCUGCAACCUGAGGGGAGUGGGCAGCUAAACACAAGCUCAGAAACGGGCUGCCAUUAUAAAUGUGUUCGCACAGCAGAAUUAAAGAUGGUAUCAAAGAGCCACUAUAGGCGGUCUUGUUGCUCUACUGAGAGUAAUAGGAAUACAUAUGGGGACUUCCCCCCACCUUCAAAUGGAGCAGCAGUGGCUGUUCUGGCUUUUGUUCUCUAGUGUGUUUACCCCCUCUGCUGCCGCCACCUAUUAGGGCUGAGCGUUCAGCUGUGAUUUAUUAGCUGAAUAAAACAAGAUUAUUCUGCUUACGGAUGGUAUAAAAAUCAAGUCUUGUGAGUUAUGAGGGACCCUAAGUGUAUAUGUCCACACCACACACAUGCACGGUUGUCCAGCUUAGCUACUGAGCAGUGAUGGCUUUAACAGCAGUUCAUGUGUUGACAGUUUUAUAAGCAUCCCUGGUUUAUGUAUGAUCCUUACAGAGAUCAAUAUUUCAUACAUGACGAGACUUAUUUGUGACAAAAUGCUGACGCUUAUUAUACCGUUAUCAUCCAAGUAUAGGUCAAUAUAUGCUACAAUAUAUACUGAUUAAGCUGCAGUACAGUAUAUCUAAGCUACAGUAUCGGUGUGUAUCAGUAUAUUUAUGUGAUAUCUCUAACAUCAAUACUCUCAAAAUUUCUUCUUAUUUCCAUUUCUGUUUGGACUGUCAGAAGUAAAAGUGUGAGAUUUGCCUUUGGUCAGGAGGCGCUUUCUAGAUUAGCUGGCCACCCAUUUCUAUAGCAGGUGAUUUAAAGCAUGUGAGCGGAUGCCCACAUGGUUUGUUAUCUGCCCCGCUGGCCUGCAGCUCCUUCACGCAGACCCUCCUGUGUUCUGCAGUAUUACCACUCAACAAUGGCCUGACAGCAGGUGGCACUCUGUGGAGUCAGAAGCCAUGUGAAAAUUACUGGAAAGGUUAUCAGACUUAUUUUAAAUUGUAUUUGAAAGCACAGAAAUUGACAGUGUGUGCUGUUGAGUGCACCUGAGUAGUCCUAGCUUUGCAUGACCCUAAAUAUAGAUCGAGUAGCAGCGUGUCUUCAAAGCGUCCACAUCCCACCACUGUAGGACUAGUUUCCAUGGCAACCAUGCUGACAGGCAGGCUUAUGCGUCUAUCCAAUGCCAGAGCCAGGGCAGGGCGGUGUUGUCAAUGAAAAGAGGAGGGUCCCUCCUUCCUUCAGUAAUCAGUAAUUCAUUCAAGAAUGUGAAAAAGGACAGGUUGAAAAGUGGAUGAAAUGGCUUCUGCAAACACUUUGUUUUUGUUUUUUGGGUUCAAACUUUAAUAAUUAAGUCCUUAGACUGUUUCCAGGAGCUGCUUCAUCCCCCAUUAUGGUUAUCUUUGGAGGAAAAUAGGAGUCCUGAAUGUGCCUUGAUGAGCUUUGAGUUUCUAGAGUGGACCUAAGCAGUCACCGCGUUAUGGCUAGAAACAUAGGGUAAUGUGUGUUGCUGUGAUAUGCAGGGCCACAGCGGCGAUUGUGGAAUGUAUCUGGUGCUGGCUAGUCUGCGAGUUCUGCUUUCUAUAUCUAUAAUUCAAAGAUUUGUGAUACAAAGAAAGGUCAUUUUGAGCUGCGUUAAGAGGCCCUUUUGGCCCUUUCUUGGUUCUAGAAAGAUGUUGCAAGGUCUAAGAGUGACUUUUCUACUCUUUGCCAUGACUUAUAAACUAGUUUUUGAUCUGAACUUAUGAUAAUGAUGUGUUUCAGUGUGUUGGGGUGGGGGGUUGUCUGUUAUUUUUCUGUCUUUGUUUUCCCAAACAUGACUCCUCUCUCCCUUUUGUACAAGGGCUUGUACAUAAAUGUAUGUCAGUGUGAAGAAUCGCUGUUGUGAAUCUAGAAAUGUUUGGGAAAUCAAGGAAGCCUCAUUCAGCAAACAGCAUAUGAAACUGUCGGUGAGAUGAUCCCAUUUUUAGCGCAGUGAGCUGAGAUUUCCACAGGAAACUGAGAAAGUAUCACUUGCUUUGUGUGAAGGUGGGUGAAUAAUUAUAGGUGGCCAGAAAAAACACUCAUCGGGCUAAAUUAAUAAAUAAUUCUAUUAUUGGAUUUAAUUAUUCUUAAUAUGACUAAACUAACUAAACAUUAAUGGGUAUUUCUGCCGCAGCUCCUUCAGUUUGAACUUAAAUAUGCAACACAGAGAGUGCUGAGCCGCCCUCUCUUUAAACUGGACCAUCUCACUGGCUGUUUUAUCUGAUUACAAUCUUGUAAACCUCAAGAACUCAAUGACUGUCGCACUGGAUUUUUACACUCUUUUUUUCAAACACUAUAUAUACUGUAUGCUCUGUAUUUUUAAUACCGCAUGUGCAUGCAAAUAAGGAAAUUAUGAGAUACAUGACUUUAUAUUAUAUGUGCUCUAUGUGUGCUUUGGCAUCCAUGACAGGGGUUGGGAGCAGCCCGGGUUGCCUCAGUAUACUUUUAUUGUAUUUAAACUGCACGCUAUGUUGGGGUUUUUAAAUCUAUACAAGAGAGUUGAAAGUACCUGUGAUUCCCUGCUGGCACGAACCAAUUUGUCACAGUCUGGGUGGAGCGCUCUCCAUCCUGGUUGUAUGUGUGUGUGUAUUGACAGUUAGCUGGUCCUGGGAGAGUCUAGCAGGAUGCUUGUGGAAGACUAGAAGAGGCUGUGCGCUAAACCCUGCAUCUCACAGUGAGUGUUGCAGUGAUGGGAACAGUGCCAGCUGCAGUUAUGAAGAAGUCUGAAGUGCGAAGUCUCAGUUGUGCAUCUUCCACCUGCAGCCCUGGCCCCUCUGCUAGCUCCACUGAGUUUCAAGAGGAUAUUUUUCAUCGGUGUGUGAUCAGAUGAGGCCAAAAUCACAUGGUACUUGUCAAACAUUGAGAAGCCUGUGUAAGCAUGCAUUGCUAAUACGACACGCAGUAUAACACAACUUUGUUGCGGCCUAUCAAGAGCUAACCACAAGGUCACUAAAUACAGUGAUUAUUUUAAAAACAAUUCACUAAAUCAUUUUAUAGCACUUAUUAGUGUAAAAACGUAUGUAGGCCUAUACAAAGACUUGACUUGGCAAUGACUGCUCUCCACCCUGACAUGGCCGGCAAAGUGUGUUGCGUUUUAUAUCCUUUUGAAGCUUCUAAAUGUAAAUGUUUGAUAUGUGUUUCCAGACUGUAAACUAAAUUGUAGAUGCAACACAUUGUCCUUUUCCAGAUCUGUUCAUGGACAGUGUAUUAGGUGACACAGUGGGUUGUAAAAUGUUAACACUGCCUUGUGGUGUUGACAUAAACAGGGGAUACAGGGGGAUACUAUUUCUGUGCGGAGGCGAAGCCAUGCUCAAGAUGUCAUUUCAUAAACAGGGCCAGAUCAGCUUUUGGUUCACUAUCAAAGUACAUUUUGUACAUGAGGACGUUUCAAGGAAUAGUUUGACAUUUGGGUGAAUGCACUUUAGCUUUCUUGUGGAGAGUUAGAUGAGAUUAAUACCACUUUCACAUCUGUACGAUAAAUAUGAAGCCACAGCCAGUAGCUAGUUAGCUUAACUUAGCAUAAAGACUGGGGGAAACAGCUAGACUGUUUAGCAAAUUGUCCUAAUCCACCUACCAAGCACAUAAGACAUUAUAUCUUGUUUGUUUAGUCCGUACAAAAAACAAAGUGUAAAAUCAACACCAUAUUGUGCUAAACUAUUUCUUAGCUCUGAGCAGUUGCUAGAACACUAGCGGCAACUCCGGGAAGUAACUGGUCCCAGCCAAGAAAUAGUAAAAUAUACAUUUUACACUAUUUUAAAUGGAUUAAACAAACAAUAAUUAACAUGUUAGUUGGUAAGCUUUAGAGGUGGUGAUAGGCAAAUUAUGUCACAGAGCCAGGCUAGCUGUUUCACCUCUUUUCAGUCUUUGCACUAAGCUAACUGGCUGCUGGCUCGAGUUACAUAUAUCCUCUACAGAUAUGAGAGUGGUAUUGAUCUUCUCAUCUAUCUUUUCUCCAUACUGUUGUUAUGGGGCAUUCAGGUGAAGUGUCAGUGUGAGACAAGAGGGGGAAAUAUUUGAAACAGUUUGCAGAUGUUGGCAGGCGCCAGAGGACACUUUCAUGCACUACAAAGAGCAAAAACAAAUCUCCCUAAAUUUGUCUUCUCUAAUCAUUAUCAUGUACCUCAAAUUUCUGAUCCUGAAACAACACCCCCGCAGGACAAAGCUUCAUUUUCGCGAAGGUUGAGGAAUUAUUUAAUACCAGAGUACUGUGAUAUCUCAAACCCAGUCAGCUCUAAUAGGAAUACUUGUUUCCCAGACCUGUCCUCAACACUCUGCUUGGUGAAUAUUUAUGUGGAGCUGGUUUAAAACUAUGGGAUGAGCUCCAGGAUGGGUCCCGCAGGUGUACUUCCUCUGGGUCAUCAGGAGUGACAGUAUGUUUUCAUGAGCCUGGUGUCUCAUGACUGCAGGAUGAAUGAGACAAGAUGGUGAUCCCCACCCACCCACCCCCAUCCACCUUUCAAGCAACUGCAACAUUUACAUCAGUCUGCAUCAUUUAUCAAGCGGAACUUAUUAAUACGUAGCUGCAAACAUUUAUCGCCUGUGUUUUUAUUUUUCUUAAAUAUCCUUUGAGGCAGGACUUCUUUGACAGCUCUCAUGCAUAAACUGGUAUUACACAAAUCAGACCCUUCUGUGCGCACACACACACAUAAAAACACAUACUCAGGCACAAUGUGAGUGAAAGAGGUGUGACAGCCAAAUGUGUUAGAUCAUGUCAUUGGGGCAAUAUGGGCCCAUGCUGUUCAACAUAUGUCCCCGUAGCUUCAGGUCUCAUCCUGUGAUGAUGUGAAGAGCUCGCUGGUGGAAGCUGCUCGCGUCUCACCAGGCCGCUGGUCCAAACGCUGUUAGCAUCAAAUGUGUGUAUGUGCAGCGUGAGAUGAUGGAGUGUGUGUUUCAGAUGACCGCCCGAGGUAUGUCCCAUCUGCUCAAUGUAGCAUUUACACCUCCUCCUGUUUGUUUGUGUGUUUGUUUGAGGAAAGUGUGAGCACAAAUACUUACUGUUCUUACUUUGUGUGUGUGUGUGCUUGGUUUGUGUGCACCUCUACUCCCUAAUCAAGCCAUUCCUGCAGCCAUAAAUGUACACAUUUCAGUGUGCAAGCUGUCAUACCUCAUGCAUUAUCAACUGGUACAUUGACAUGGCAUAAUAAACCUCCCACUGCUGCUUUUCACACUAGCCAAAAGCUUGUGUGCUCCGUUAUCAUACCCUCCAUCAGAUGACCAAAAUGAAAUGUAGAUGUGUAAUGUAAUGUGAGUUCACAGUAAAGGGUUUAUGAUGUUAAACACGCAGUCACAUCUGGUUUAAGCUCACUGUCACGAUGCAGUGAUUGUAGUCAUGCUGACCCAGGCUGCUCCUUUGAGAUGUUUGAGCAGCAGGUUGAGGUGCAGAGGAAUCUAAAGCAUCAGGGAGUCAAGCUCACGCAAGAUGUUUGCCGUCUCAGUGAAGAGCAGGGAGCUGUUUAUGUGUACAUGUGUGUCCGAGUCAUUGAAUAAUUUAUGACGGUGAUGAGGAACAGCACAUGUACACAGGCUCCAUCUGUGACCUCUGUUGAUAAGAAUCGUUGCCGUCCAUGAAAUCAGUGACUUCCUUCUGCUUUGAGUUUGCAGGAGGUUCAACGCAGGAGGGAGGGUGGGGAGGAAGAAAGAGGCACAUAUGGAUCAGUUUUAUACAAGCAACAUAGCUUUUUACUUCCGAAAAAUGCAAGACGGGGAUUUCUGUGGCUGCAACAGGAGGAUCUGGCUUGAGAGAGCCAACAAAUUUGAGGAUAGACAGAUUCUGGCUGUCCACGACAGAAGUGCUUCCAAGCCAGAGGUCACAAAGUUCAAAGUUUCACCAGAAGAAGAAAUGGGGACUGAUUAUGGCAAAAUGCACUAUUGCAUGAUCCUCGUUUUGUGUCGAUAUUGUAGAUUAAGUCACAAAUGACUCCCUGCCCUUUGCACAGGGGUUGAAUUUUAAAUGAAUGGUUUGAAAUUUGGGGAGAUAUGCUUAUUCACGUUCUUGCAGAGAUACCACUCUUGUGUUUGGGCGUUCAAUAUGAAGUUACAGCAAGGAUGUGGUUGGCUUAAACAUUUGCCUACCAGUAUCUCUUAACUGGUCUAUCUGGUGUUUUUUUUGCUGAGAGUUAGUUGAGAGAAGUCUGGUACCACUCUCAUUUUUGUACAUUAAAAAUGAAGCUAUAGCCAGCAGCAGAUUAGAUUAGUUUUGCACAAAGACUGGAAAUGGGGAAACAGCUGGCCUGGUUCUGUCUAGUGGUAACAAAAUUGGCCUACCGGCAUCUAUAAAUGUAACAAUUUUGAGUCUGGUCUAUUUGUCUUGCAUCAGCUGGUUAGCUUAGUUUAGCACAAUGUAAGGGAGGUACUGUGCCUGACCAAACAAUAAAGGCGACAGGGUGGCGCAAUGGAUAAGACGCGUGCCUUUAGUGUGAGAGACCCAGGUUCAACUCCCCACUAUAACCCAUCUACUAAUGUGUCCCUGAGCAAGACACUAGUUGCUCCAGAGGCGUGCGACCUCUGACAUGUAUAUUGUAAGUCACUUUGGUCAGCUAAAUGAAUUAAUGUGAGCUUUAGCGGAGCUGGUAGGACAGAGCCAGGUUAGCUAGUUCCACUCUUUGUGCUAAACUUAGCUAACAUCUGCUGCUUGUACCUUCAUACUUAACGUACAUAAGACUAGUGUUAGUAGUAGACUCUCAUUUAACUCUCGACAAGAAAGUGAAUAAAAACAAUUCCAAAAACACACUGUACAUCAAAGUGUGUGUACACUCUCGUUGUAUGGGGUGGUGGAAAGUCAUUUUGGGACGUUUUUUUGCCUUCUAAACUCACACACACAUAAAAAGCCAUGUUUGAACUGAAUGUUCUCUUUCUGCACAUAAAACAAGGCCUACUCACUAAUCAUAUGACACAACGAGACAGUUGUCAAGUGUCACACAAUCAGUCUAUGUAUACCUUUCUUUAUUGUUAACACAACACACCACACAAAGCACUUGCAAUAUGUAUCUGUUCUGUCACAAAUAGUACACUCUGUUGCACCAAUGAUGUUUUCUUAUAUUCUUUUCCACAAUAUAAUAAAAUGAAUUCUAUGAAUAUGUGAUGAUUUUUCUCAAAGAAGAAGAAUCGAUACACACUGACUGUUAACUCUUGUACCAGUUUUUUUCUUCUCUGUGUGUAGAAACUGCCUUUGUUCUCGUUGUAAAUGUUGUUUCCUGACAAAUUCUGUUCUGGUGCUGUUGUUGUUUGACUGUGCAGUCCAGACCUUCUCCAGAGUGAUCUGUGUGACUGGAAGGAGGCAUCUAGGUAUAACUGAAUAAAGAUUUUUUGGCAGCUUUUUGUUA